AUGCUGGCGGGGGCGGCGGGAGAAGCAGUUUCGGGGGGAACACAACCAGGUCGGGGGACGUUAGUGCGCGGAGAGAGGAGCUUUGAGCGCAGCGGGCAGCAAGAGGGGGGAAAUGCUGGGGAAGAGGCGGUGGAGGAAGACGCGCGGGCGUGGUCGAGGCAACAGGUGGUGAGACGCACGUUACGAGCGGGCAAUGGGGAGAGAGGGGAGACGUGGAGAAGUGAGUGCAGGGACGGCAGUGCCAUGGCAGCAGUGGCGUUGGGGACAUACAUCUAUGACUACCUCUUCCCCAUCACCUCCUCAAACAUCCCUAUGCGCCCCUUCGAGGUCAUCCCUCCCACCCCUUCUUGUAGCAAGGGCUCUCUGCACUCCUUUGAGGUCUUCCCACACUCCAUGCCCUCCUCCGCUUCCCUCGUCCAAUUUCACAUAGCUCUCUUUCUUCUCCUCCUCUCUCUUUUCCUCCUCUCACUUUUCCUCCUCUCUUUUCCUUCACUCUUCUUUCCUCCUCUUUUUUUCCCUCCUAUCCCUUCUCCUCCCAUUCCCACAAAAGCACAUCCAUUCAACGGCAUGUGGGAUCCCUCCCUCCUUUCCCACCCCCUUUUAUCUCCCGCGCGCGCUCUUCCCUUGUGCAAAUCACUCUGA